AUGUCUUACGAAAGAUCAGAGGUAUAUGGUGCUCAAGUCUUGCCUGGUGAAGAUCCGGAAGAUAACUCCUUUAACGAGAUUACCAAGGCAUUUCGUUCAUUUAUUCUCGAAUUCAGAUUGAACUCUCAAUUCAUAUACAGAGACCAAUUAAGAGAAAAUUUGUUGAUUAAGAAUUACUUUCUCAAGGUUAAUUCUGAACAUUUGAUUGGGUUCAAUGAGGAAUUGAACAAGAAAUUGACGGAUGACCCGGCGGAGAUGAUUCCGUUGUUUGAGAAUGCCAUCACUGACAUUGGGAAAAGGAUAGCUUAUUUGUCGAACGAAGAGGUGCCAACUGAUUUUCCUAAUUGUCAGUUGAUAUUGUUUUCUAAUGCCAGUAAGACUUCCAUUAGAGACUUAGACUCGGAUCACAUUUCAAAAAUUGUGAGAGUCAGCGGGAUUAUCAUUUCGUCGUCGGUGUUGAGCUCUAGAGCCACACAGGUGCAGUUGUUGUGUCGUAACUGUAAGCACACAAUGAGACAGAAGAUUUCUUCUGGGUUUGGUCUGUUGAACUUACCAAACAGAUGUCAAGGAACCCACAAUUUUGAUGAUACGUCCACUCAGGACAAAUGUCCAUCUGAUCCUUACACUAUUGUUCAUGACAAGUCUACGUUUAUCGAUCAGCAGGUUUUGAAGUUGCAAGAAUCCCCAGAUAUGGUUCCAGUCGGUGAAAUGCCUAGACACAUUAUUUUGCAGGCGGACAGAUAUAUGACCAACCAAGUGGUUCCUGGUACAAGAGUAACGAUUGUGGGUAUAUACUCCAUUUAUCAGGCAAAGCAGAAAAGCAGUAGUAAUGUGAAUACUGUUGCUAUUCGUAACCCAUAUUUAAAGAUUUUGGGUAUUCAAACUGAUGUCGACAACAGUAUUAGCGGACAAGGUUUAACAUUUACAGAAGAAGAAGAGGAAGAAUUCUUGAAAAUAUCGAGGUUGCCCAAUUUAUAUGAUGUUUUUUCUAAAUCUAUUGCUCCGUCAAUUUAUGGUAAUGAAGAUAUCAAGAAGGCAAUUACCUGUUUAUUAAUGGGUGGUUCUAAAAAGAUUUUACCCGAUGGAAUGAGAUUAAGAGGUGAUAUUAAUGUUUUGUUACUUGGUGAUCCAGGUACUGCUAAAUCACAAUUAUUAAAAUUCGUUGAAAAAAUUUCUCCAAUAUCCGUCUAUACUUCAGGUAAGGGUUCUUCGGCUGCCGGUUUAACAGCUUCGGUUCAAAGAGAUCAGGUUACAAGAGAUUUCUAUUUAGAAGGUGGUGCUAUGGUUUUAGCUGAUGGCGGUGUCGUCUGUAUCGAUGAAUUCGAUAAAAUGCGUGAUGAAGAUAGAGUUGCAAUUCAUGAAGCUAUGGAACAGCAAACUAUUUCAAUUGCCAAGGCUGGUAUUACUACAAUUUUGAAUUCAAGAACAUCCGUUUUAGCAGCAGCUAAUCCAAUCUUUGGAAGAUACGAUGAUUUGAAGAGUCCAGGUGAAAAUAUCGACUUCCAAACCACAAUUUUGUCGAGAUUUGAUAUGAUUUUUAUCGUUAAGGAUGACCAUAAUGAGGCCAGAGAUAUUUCAAUUGCACAACAUGUUAUGAAUGUUCAUACAGGUAAUGCUAAUAACAAUCAGGAUCAAAACCAAGAAGGUGAAAUACCUAUUGAUGUCAUGAAAAGAUAUAUCCAAUAUGUUAAAUUGAAAUGUGCACCACGUUUAAGUCCAGAAGCUUCCGAAAGAUUAUCAUCACAUUUCGUGUCUAUCAGACGUAGAUUGCAAAUUAAUGAAGUGGAAAUGAAUGAAAGGUCCUCCAUUCCAAUCACGAUUCGUCAAUUGGAAGCUAUUAUUCGUAUUACAGAAUCAUUAGCUAAAUUGAGAUUAUCUCCUAUUGCUUUAGAAGAGCACGUCGAGGAAGCCAUUAGGUUGUUCACAGCAUCUACCAUGGAUGCGGUGGACCAAGGUGUAUCCAGUGGUGGCUUGAUUACAACUGGAGACAUGAAUAAAGAAAUUAAUAAAGUGGAACAAGAACUUAGAAGAAGAUUACCAAUUGGAUGGUCUACCGCUUACAAGACUUUGAGAAGAGAAAUAGUAGAUAGCGGAAAAGCCAGUCCAGGGGCUUUGGAUAAAGCUCUUUAUAUUUUAGAGAGACACGAAGUCAUAAGAUUUAGACAUCAACGCCAAAAUAUCUUGCGUUGUGGUGUCUAA